AUGGCUGCAGGUGGGCUCCCGUCCCAGAGACUCAUCUUCAGCCAGCAUCCCUCCUUAGUGUGCCCCUUCCAGAGCCAGGAAGCCCCACAGGACCCCUCCAUCCCCCGCCACACCCGGGCAGCCCCCUCCCGCCAGGCCUUGCUGGACCCAGCGCCUUCUCCCUGUCACCCGCUGUCGCCUCGGGCGGGGAUCGGUGCCCCGAGCGCAAAGCCUGACGCGAUCCCCCUCUCCCACCACCCCCCCCCACCUCCCACCGCCCAGGCCCUGGCGGCGAUGAGACAGAGCGGCGCCUCCCAGCCCCUGCUGAUCAACAUGUACCUGCCAGAUCCCGUCGGAGAUGGUCUCUUCAAGGAAGGAAAGAGCCCGGGGUGGGGGCCACUGAGCCCCGCCGUACAAAAAGGCAGCGGCCAGAUCCAGCUGUGGCAGUUUCUGCUGGAGCUGCUGGCUGACCGCGCGAACGCCAGCUGCAUCGCGUGGGAGGGUGGCCACGGCGAGUUCAAGCUCACGGACCCAGACGAGGUGGCGCGGCGCUGGGGCGAGCGCAAGAGCAAGCCCAACAUGAACUACGACAAGCUGAGCCGCGCGCUGCGCUACUACUACGACAAGAACAUCAUGAGCAAGGUGCACGGCAAACGCUACGCCUACCGCUUCGACUUCCAGGGCCUGGCGCAGGCCUGCCAGCCGCCCCCCGCGCACGCUCACGCCGCGGCCGCCGCCGCCGCCGCCGCGGCCGCCGCCGCCCAGGACGGCGCGCUUUACAAGCUGCCCCCCAGCCUGGCCCCACUGCCCUUCCCCGGCCUCUCCAAACUCAACCUCAUGGCCGCCUCGGCCGGCGUCGCGCCCGCCGGCUUCUCCUACUGGCCGGGCCCGGGCCCCGCCGCCGCCGCCGCCGCCACCGCCGCGCUCUACCCCAGCCCCGGGUUGCAGCCCCCGUCCGGGCCCUUCGGCGCGGUGGCCGCCGCCUCGCACCUGGGGGGCCAUUACCACUAG